AUGUUCCACACGCCGUGCUCGUUCUCGACGGGCGUCAUGACGCUCACGCCGGCGAAGGCCGUGCACGACGGUUUGGCGGCGCGCGCGCGCGCGUUGCGCGACGGGACGGAUAAGUCGUGCAGAAAGGAGAACGCGCCGGACUGGCUCGAGGAAGAGGCGUGUAUUCUGAACGAGCACUUUGGGAAGCGGCUGCUCAACGCGUCUGUGUUUCGCGGGGAGGUGGACGAGGCGGAGGUGGGCGUAAGGAGAUUGGCGGCGGGGACGAAGAUGGCGCACUACUUUUACUACCGGCGCAUGCGGUGGGACAUUCCGGACAAGUGCGGCCCGUUGCAGACGGUGGACUACACCACGCCGCCGUUUCUCAGGCCGUGGUAUUGGUGGACGUUUGCGGCGAUGGAAUUGUCGUGGAGUUGGCGGGAGUAUCGCAUCCAGCUGACGCAGCCGGCGGAGAUGCCGGACGCUGAGUGGCAGACGUUUUUGAUGCAUGUAGCGGGGAUUUUUGUGGUCGUGGUGGUUGGAGUAGUGAUGCUGAAGGGUGGUUUGCGAGGGGGGAAGAAGGAAGGGGCGAAAGCCCAAAGGGGAAACUGGAUGCGCGAGCAAGAGCUGAUGCUGUAUGUAUGGGCCGGGGGGCUGGUGGGAUGCUGCGGGUCGUCGGGGGUGGGUAUGGUUGCAACGCCCGCGAUGAUAGCGCCAGAGUACGGCAUUGUGCUGUUUGGGUUGUACCGGAGUGUGGCAUUGUGGGGUUUCUGGUGCGUGUUCGGGAGCGGGUUUAUUGCGCGGCGUGCCGUGGCAGAGGAUGGGCGGCGUUUGCGGGGGCACGGGAAACUUGGAGGUUUGGCCAGGACGGGGCUGAUAUGCCUGGUAGAGAGUGUGUGUAUGAUUUUGUUGCUCGUGGGCGGGGCUUCGGUGAAGGCGGAGACGGCGUUCGAUAAGCUUGUAGGACUUGCCUCGGCGUUUUUGUUGUAUUGUGCGGUUGGAUUUGUGGUCAUCGUGUGGCUGGGGCGUUUGUGGCUUGCGGUGGGGGCGAAAGGGAGACUGGAAUUGAAUACGUGA